CCCCUCCCCGACAAGCGGCACAACCGCAGGACGCCGACCGAAAUUACGAUCCCGGGGAUCAUGAGCGGACUGGUCACCUCUGCUAAGGUGCGGGAUCCUGUCAAUCCGGCUGAGGCGUGGGAGCAUGACGACCUAGAGCGCCGGAGAGAGAUCAUACGUGACAGUCCCCCCGUCCCCGACGCACGGCUCCAGCCGCAGGACGCCAACCACAGGGAUGAUCCCUGGUAUCAGGAGCGGACCGGAGCCUCUCGCUCCCACUCAGGACCUCUAUCUGCCUCUAUAUCGACGCCUGUGAAUGGAACCUCUCUCUGACCUCCCUGGAAACCCUGAACAGGUGAUCAUGCUGCCUAAUUGGUCAAACAGGACCCUCCACCUGGUGGACUCUCUGACCCAUGCCCUAGGCCGUUACCUUGACAACUGGAGCCAGAACUCCUCAAAGGCAGAACAGGCUCUGGACAACACUCUGGCAGAGGAGAACUUCAGGAACAUCGUUUGGUACCUGACAGUGAUGAUCGGAAUGUUUGCCUUCAUCGUCAUGGCGAUCCUGGUGAGUACGGUGAAGUUGAAGCAGCGCAAGCAUUCGGAUGACCCCUACCACAAAUACAUUGAAGAGGACUGGACUGGCCCAACUUCAAGAGCAGAGCGGCGUCAUAAAUAACCCCACAGCCAACCAACCUAAUGUCUAUGCACACACGCCAUACCCAACACACACAUAUACCAUGUACAAACACACAGGCACACCAACACUCACGUACAGACACGCAAUGGUUCUAAAGUCAAAUAAUCUUAUGGUAUUAGUAACAAAGGUGUUGUACUGACUGUAUAACUAAUAUGUUGAUCAUGGAUAGUAAUCAAACUAAAGUAGUGGUUCUGUCAUUACUGAUGUGGUUAUCUGACCUCUGACUAGGAGUCUAAUUGUCUGUGCUAAAGAGGUAGGGACUGUAAUUGAGCUGUCAAACCACGAGUGCCCAGUAGAGGGCAGCACACACACACAGUCCUACCAACAAAAAAAUGAAAUAAGAGUCUAAACCCAAUCUAAGCCAGGGGAGGGUUCUACUAGCCCCUACAAACACAUUAAAUAACAUAUUCACUACAUGGAACAACAGAUAGCCCAACCCAAAACAAAAUCGAAAAGAAGUUUGUUCUGAAGUGUCUGUCCUAUAUUUGAGAUGUAUUUAACCCCAUAUUGUUGGCACUAAGCAGUCUCCAUACAGUGCAUUCGGAAAGUAUUCAGACCCCUUGACUUUUUCACAUUUCGUUACGUCACAGCCUUAUU